AUGGCGUACAAUAGCCACAUUUCCAGCCCUAUGCCUGGCUUUACAGCAGAGCAAACAGCCUCCCUACAAGUUAUGAUCACUACGGCAAUCCAUGACGCAGUCACUCAGGCUAUCAGUCAGGCUAUCAGUCAGGCUAUGACAGCCUUCAACACCAGACUGGCAGGCCUUGAAGCCAAAUUCCGCCCUGCUGAGUACCAAAAAACUGCGGAGAAAACUGCGGAGAAAACUGCGGAGAAAACUGCGGAGAAGACUACGGAGAACAAGAGCACGGGCAGCAGCAGCGACAAUGACAAUACGGGCACGCUCUCCACUAUUCCACACCAGGCUACUAUGCACUAUUGCAGAGAGUCUUCCAUUCGCCUUAGUAAUGCUCCACUUCUCGCCUCUCUUCUCGCCUCUCUUCUCGCCUCUCAACUCGCCUCUCCACCUGACUACAUUCACUACGCGAAAGGCAUGGAGGCUACAGGUCAAGGAUAG